UUCAAUGAUGAUCAGGUAACGAGGUACCAGAGUGACCCUGGACAGGCCACUGCUUAUAUGAUUGGACAAUUGGAAAUAAAAAAGAGCAGAAAAUAUGCCACUGAUGAACUGGACGAAAACUUUAGUCUGCGAGAUUUCCAUUAUCAGGUAAAUUAUAUGCGCUUUCAUAUUUGAAAAAACAACUUCCGAGACAAUGCCACACUGAACUAGCCUGAAAUUCAUCCGAUUACUUCGAGUCAUUUUCUCCUCUCCUCUCUUGUCUCUCUUACUGAGGGAGUAAUAACGACUCGAAGUAAUCGGAUGAAAUUCAGGCUAAUACUGAACUAUUUUUACGUUAGACGAUAGGAGAACGCAGUUCAUAAUCUUGGGCGUCCUGUACUAAUAAACGAUGAUAUUUUUCGUCCUUCUAUGACUUUUUUGCACUAUUUUGUGUCACGCGACACAGAUAUUGGUAGCCAACAAAGCUGUCGCGUGACCUUAGAGUUUUGGGUUUUUGUCAUCUGAACCCUCUUUUUAUUAGAGUAAGUAUUUUUUUAAAUUUUUCUUACGAGCUUUUGAAGGAUCUUACUCGCUUUCAUGAUAUAAUUCAAGGACAUCUAUCUGGCCACCAUGACACAAAGAUAUCCAGCAAAAACGCAAACUCAAAUCUUGACCCAAAUCUUGACUCUGCGAUUACUACUAGUAUAAUGUUGUUUUUUAACGUGCGUGGUCUCUAAAAGCAAUAAGUAAGUCUCACUCAGCAUUUAACUAUUCAUUUCCUUUUGUUUCCAGGUUCUUGCACAGGGUUCCUCUCCUCUAGCUUACCUGUCAGAUCACGUGAGAAGGUAUGUGGCCUGUGUCCAAGACAAAGCCAAAGAAGGCUGUGAUGUCAUCUUGAACCCUCCAAAGAAAACCACCACAAAGAAACAAAAAGAAACAGAUCGUUGGCCACUGAUACCUAAAGAAAGGGAACAUUACAUUUAA